AUGUCUGUCGCGAGGACCCGGUCGAUAACCAUGAGAUCCGGUCAUUCAUCCAAAGGCACUGGAGCCACAUUGGCCGAAGUCAGUAUGCCAUCGAUUUCCGUCCCUCGAGAUUUCGAACCAUGUGCUGCGACGGCGUCCAUGUUUUUAUAUGUGCAAGGAAAUUCAGUCGUAUGCGCUCAUCAUGAUACCCUCAAGAUUGAGAGACGCUUUUCGAGACAUACAGAAGACAUACAAUUAUUGGCGGUGGAUAAUAUCAGCGAAAGAGGGGCGGGACGAUUAGUGGUGAGCUAUGAUGCUGGGCAAACUGCCAUUGUAUGGGAUUGCAUGACGGGAGAUGAAAUUGCCAGAUUUGCGAGUUACGAAAACCUCACCGUGGCAGCUUGGAUGCGCAAUGGGAAUAUUGCAUUUGGAAAUGCUCAGGGGAACGUUAUUCUUUUUGAGCCGACAACGUCAGAGCAUAUAUCCGCAAGGACUUUAGAUCAGAUUCCUAUUACUGCUUUGGCACCAGCAGCAGACUCCAGAACAUAUGCUAUUGGAUUUUCCAAUGGAUCUCUUUUGAUUGCAGCAUUGCAACCAAGAUUCAUAAUUCUUCACAACUUGACAACUUCAAGAGGACCAUCACCAAUCGUUACACUAUCAUGGCAUGCUUCAUCAUCACGCCAAAAGUCGGACAUGCUAGCUUCUCAAACGAACGAUGGUGAUCUACGAGUUUGGAGCAUUGCCAAAUCUCCCACCAGCAACGAUACAGCAAAAAUCGUCCGGGUAUUGAAACGUUCCGAUAAUUUUCAAACCGGACCAAAUUGGUUAGGGUGGUCGAAAAAUGGUCGUAUCAUUCAGUUUUCUGAAGGGGAAACUUCGUCAUGGGACGUUCGAACGAAACAGGUCACUUUCGAAAAAGUUCCGACAUUGGACAUUGUGAAAGGUCUAGCUGUUUAUGGCCCUGGAGCGACACUCUUCACUCUGGGGCCAAACAAUACGGCACAGCAAUUUGAUCUGAAUUCUUCACCUCAGAUGGUCGCAAAUGUACAACACCCAGCCAAUUUGUUGCCACCGUCUCCCCCUGUGUCUGUCGAGGAGCAGAAACAACAGGCCGCUCAGGCGGUCGCAGCAGAGGUUUCAGCUGUACCAAUUAAUAUCGACAUCUCCGAGAGUGACUCCGAUCGGAUGUCACCACUGGCGAGAAUUGCUCGACGUGGUGAUGAAAUGGAACAGCAAUUGCGUGUCGAGGCCAUGGAGCCUGACCGUGCUGACACAUUAUCCCCUGUGUCGUCGAGGAGUCGGACGUCGACUUCUACUAGAUCGUCCGCAGAUUCGAGGCCACACAAUAAUAAUCGUCAUCAUGGGAAACAUUCUUCGGGAUUGUCAGCUAUAUCACGUGGAGGCAUGAGUGAAGCAACAAGCAUGUCCUUUGGCUCGUCAAUUCACACUAAUACUACUCGAGAACCUUCUGUCCUUUCAAGUAGAGACUCGUACGCUCAAAGUAACACCAGUUCGGCACGAUCAUAUCGUUCCCGGAAUCGUGGGUCUCGGUUAAGACAAGAAGUGCUCCGUAGUCCCGAAGAAUUAGGAAGUCAAGUCGUGGAACUCUUUAAAUAUACCAAAGCUAGGCUGAGUGAUAUUCCUUAUCGUCAAGCACAAGUCUCAGACCAUGCCCAUCUCACGAGUGACCACCUCCGACUUCAAAUGCUAAGCACGAUAUUUGGGUGGGAUGGAGAAGCCGAAGGACUAAUCCGCGACGAGAUGACUCGAGCACCAGUCGGAUCUACGCAUCGAGUUCUCCUUGCUAAAUGGAUUGGCGAGCUCGAGCUUGAUAUUAUGGCCACCAGCUCCGAGUCGAUGACUUCAUCCGACUGGAUGCUUCUCGCCCUCAGCGGAAUUGGAGGACAUGCUUCGCAAACAAAAGUUGCCCGAGCUUAUGUUCAACGCCUUUUGGAAAAGGGAGAUGUCCAUACUGCUGCUACCAUCAUGAUCGGUAUGGGAGAUCAAAACGAUGCAAUCGAGAUUUACGUCUCCCACAAGCGAUUUAUGGAAGCGUUAAUUUUGACGAGUCAUGUUUUUCCAUCGGAUUGGUCUCGACAAGCUGGAUUGAUCAGAAAAUGGGGUGAGUGGGCUGUUCAGCAUGGGCAACAACAAUUGGCCAUUCGAUGCUUUUCCUGCACGGCUUCAGAGUCAUCUGAACCUUGGACAUCACCAUCUGCUCAAGCUGCCACUUUUACAAAUAUUCAUAGCCAAAGUAUUCCCGAAAUACUGAGCCCUCCUCUAUCACCACCCAGCCACAGAGGUCCACAGCGCAGUAUCGCCAAGACAUCAGCACUAAAGCUGAUCACAGCGUUUGGAGACAAACAACAGAAGUCAAAGUUCUUUGGCAUCGAUAGUGACAAAACGCCCGUUGGUCCUGGCCCAACUCCAAUUGAAGAAUCUGCAAUUUCUCCAGGUGGUGACACAGCACAUACUGCCUUCUUAAGACCAGGUAGCCGUAGCGCUUAUCACACACCAGCCUCUGCACGAACCGCAACACCCGGUGGAUUUUCCCGUCGACGUCUUCCAUCCAUCGGCGAGACACCCAAUGAUGUUAUACCUCGUGUCAGAUUAGAACCAUUGAACCCAUCCAUACCUAGUGAUUCCGGAUCAGACCGAGAGCGAGUCGGGCGGUAUGCUCGUGAGAUGGAGCCGGAAGGUUUGCAACUAAGCUCGGCUACAUACACUCCAAUUACAAAGAAUAGGCCUACGACACCCAUGACGCAAAAGAAGAUUGUCAAUCCAUUACCAUCGCCAUCGCCGGAUACAUUCACGGCCAAAAAGCAAGACGAUCGUACGAGAAAUGGAUCACGACACCGCAAACCAGAUGGUUUGCAGAUUCAAUGGCCACCCAUGGAGUCGAUAAUUACCGGUGAUUAUAUGACAUCUCCAGAGCAAACAGGAUCUUCACGCCACGGCCAUCGAAACAACCGCUCUAUUGGCGACCCAUUAAGCUCUGCUGCUCUAUCAUCAGCGGCUUCGGUAUCGACCUCAAGCAACGCUAGAAGUCCAAUGAAUAGCGAGAGAAGUUUUAGAACAACAAGCCCGGUUAUGCAUGGCAGGAGUAUCGAUCAAUAUAUCAGCAGCUUGGAUUCUGCAACAUACCACAAGAAGCAACAACGCAGUCGACAAGCUAGUCAGGACCGAACGGGGAGAGCUCACAGCAAUAGUCGAAAGCCAAAGACUCGAGAAUCUUCGGAAGACAGAGGGAGAAAUAUCAAUCAAUACAUUAAGCCAGCGAAGCGAUCACCAACUUCUCCUGUUCCUAUGUCACCCGAAGAUCUGAGAGAUCUGGGUGCUGCAGUCUCGGAUGGAGAAAUGGUGGUCGAGGAAAAGCAAUCAAGGACAGAGAGUCGAACAGAGAUGAAAUCUUCUAGACAAGCAAGCCGAGUUCGUCGACAAUCUCCCGAAUCAAGAAAGACAUCUAGUCGCCAAUCUAGUCGCAAUACCAGCCGUCGAGCCGCCAGUCCCGAUAUUAGAUUGGGGGGUCCAGACGCCAGAGGUCGAAGUGCAGGACGUACAGGAUCGGCGGUCCGGUCACCAUCAUCUCCAUUACCAUUCUCUCCACAAGCAAAAUUCUACCAGGAGGAUGAGGCGGCCGAUUAUGAGGAUUUGAGAGCCGCAAAGGCAGAUCAACUCGCAUUUAGGAUGAGAAGUGGUAGUCGUAUGAGGGAGCGUGGUACCAGUGCCGUCCGAGCCGGUUCACCCAAUGGAAGACAUUCUGAGAGGUCUACAAGCAGAAGACCACUGGAAGGUCAAAGAUCGCCAUACAUAACAAGGGAUGGUGCGGAACCUCAAUCUCAUAUGCGAUCUCAAUCCGAAUUGGUUCAAAAACCUAUCGAACGACAAAAGAUCGACCCCAAAGAUGAGCGAGCAUUGAAAAGAGAACAGGCUGCACGUGAGCUUGAGGAGAGACGUAAAUCGUUGGCUCAAAGGCCGUUAGCACCACCGAUCAUUCACCCAGGAGAACUGAGUGGUUUGUCACCACUGGCGUAUCGUCCAACGACAAAUUACCCGGAAUUGAACUUAACGAUGUCGUAUUCUCCCCCGAAAGCAAGCCCGCAAGCUCCACGAAGCCAGCAAAAUACUCCGAAUAAUAAUUCUCCAAGUAGUGGUUUCGGAUCAGCUCCCGAGUCUUCCGUACAGAUUGGUUUACCUGCCACUCCUCGAGCGAUGCGACAUCCUAAAUACGAUCCUGAAGGUAAUGGUGCAGAAAUUAUUCCGCAAGUUCCUCAAAUCCCAGGUCGAUAUGAUAGCGGUCCAUCACAAACCCAGACUGCAACAUUGAGCGCAGCUGCCUUCAAUGUAUCUGAUAGCCCGCAUGAUACUUUCAGGCCUCUGCCAAAGACCGUGUACCAUGCUGCCCCACCUCGACGCGUCCCUCCUCGAUCGGCUUCAGCUCCUAUCCCAGAGGAGAGUUAUUACAAACCAAAUAUAAUACCCGCAGGUUUACCCCUCCAUCCCGCAUUCCAAUCCACAAUUCCAUCCAGUUCUUCACGCCGUACACCCGAUACCAGGGAAAGAAUGUCAGCCACCCAAUCUCCCCGCAGAAAAGUCUCUGGUGAUCCGCAGGGUGACGGGAGUAGAAGUGGAAGUCCCGUUUACGCAAGUGGUCCUGUUAAUGUAUUGACUGGAAUCGAUGAGACGAUCGAGGCGAAUCAGGCGAUGCAUAUGCAUAUGCAUCAUCCAAACAACGAUCUGAUUCCCCCACCACCGCCGCCUCCUCCCGCUCCACCUCUCCUCCCACAACUCCAGCAUUUGGCUAAACCCCCACCACCACCGCCCCCACCAUUGUAUAGACCAAACGCAAACACCAACUCCAUGGUCUCCGGUGUCUCAUCCGGUUCAGGUAUCUCAGGUGUCUCCUCCGGAUCAGGCGUUAUCGAAAUAGUAAUGGACGAUGAACCCAUCCUCAUGAUUCCCCAGAUGAACUCCAAUUCCAUAUUGGAACCACCGCCAAUCCCUCCAACGCUCGAACGCCGCCGCACCUCCUCCAUCUCCCACACUUACACACACAACCGUGGUCGUUCGGAAACAGACAAUUCCCUCUCGAACCGUAUUUCGCGCGCUGCAGAGCGGCUGAGAAGCGCUAGCCGUGGCAAGCAUAACUCGAGUCCUGUUACCGAUAAAGGAGUUACGAAAAGUCCGACUGAUUCCAAUGGUAGUCCUUAUGAGAGUGUUCCUCCCGCUAAUUGGUCUGCACCACCUCUGCUUGAUAGGAGUGUCACGACGACCCCUUCAAGUGGGAUUCAGACGGAGAGACAUCCUAUGGAAGUAAGGGCUGCGUAUCAUGGGAAUAUGGAGGGUGGGAUGAUUUGA